AGAGUCGUUAUCGUUCUUCGCUUUCCAGGUAGUGACGAAACGUUAAAGACAGCCUUCUUCAUUGUUGCAAUCGUUCUUAUACGUCACGUGAAGCAAAAAGGGUAAUGUCACAAUUCAUAGUAAAUCCGAAGCCAUUCUUGGUCGAUUUAACGGGGAAAACCGUAAAAGUCAAGCUCAAGUGGGGCAUGGAGUACCAAGGUGUAUUGGCAGCUGCCGAUGCGUACAUGAAUCUGCAACUGUCUGCUACGGAAGAAUUUCUCGAUGGUCAAUUCGCCGGAUUUUUGGGGGACGUAUUAAUACGGUGCAACAACGUUUUAUACGUACAAGCGGCACCCGCAGAAGAAGACGAGGAAGCCAUGAAGGAAUGAAAACUCUGCUUGUUUCGAGCGAAGGAGCAACAAAGUACGAUUCCGUUCGCCUCUCUUACUUUCUUGCACUCGCUCUCUGACUAGGUACGUUUUACUUGGAUUUGGCUAGUUGUCAUUAGUUUUGAAUCGUAAAUGUGGAUCUGUGGAGGCGAUCAAAGGAAGAGACGAGAAAGUCCGAAUCGUACCAGUCCCUAAGCCGCGAGGCCUGGGUGCGUUCUUCCGCAAGGAAGAAUGUUUUGAAGGGUGCGGCUGCGAAUUCAACUACAAGCGUUGUGGACUACUGGUUCAUUGUACCGAACCUUAUCACCAACCCAUAUCUGAUGAUCACCUUCCCAACACAUUCACACUGAAAAGGCUGACACACACAACAGCCACCAAUAGCGCCACAUUGAAUUUUGUCUCACCUCAAUCUGCACCACU